AUGUUUUCGAAAGCUCAGGAUACGUUACGCCAGGGCCAGGAGGCCGCUCAAAAAGCAAUGAGCUCCGCGACCGGCUCUAAUAAGCCGGACUUCUCGAAAUGGAAUACAGAGGAGAUGCUGGAGACCACUUUGUCGAAAGGAGAGCUUGGUCACGACUACGCGGAUGCUUACGUAGCGGCGAAUAAAAACUUUCACCACCCAACCAAAGAGGAUGAUGCCGCCUUCAAUUAG